GUCACCAAGACGGUCACCCACAGAUCGGGUGCUGUGAGGUCACCAAGAUGGACACCCACGGAUCGGUUGAGACUGAGGUCACCAAGACGAUCGCCCUUGAAUAAGGUGCGAUGUGGAAGUACGGUUCGAAGCACCGCAGCGCUUGGGUCAGGACAGCGGAUCUUGGGUGACAGUCCCUCGGCCUUCAGCGGCAAGGGGUUUGGCUUG